AUGCGUCGUAAGACUCUUGCUGGAGUGAACAUUGCCCGAACAAGUGCGGGCCUCUCGCUGCACAGGACCAGUGCAAGGCUCAAAGCUACUGGCAGAGCAAGGGUGGUGCCGGCGCCAGCGGCUAAGGCGGCUGAGAUCCUGGUUGCUCGUAGUCUGGGGAUCUUUAAGGACGGAGAAGACAUCACGGCCAAGGCCCUGGAUGCAUUUGCUGAGCGUUUCAAGGAGCAGCUGCCGCUGGAGGUGAUAUCUGCCAUGCGAGACUUGUUCAGGUUAGAUGAUGUGCAGGCAAUGGGUGUGGAGGACGCCCUCAUCCAGCACGGAGGGGAGGGUGCUAUGGACAUGGAGAGGAUGGAGGAUGCCGCUGCUGCUCUGCAGGCCUCCACCUGA